GUCAAGAUGUUCACCACGGUGACCAAGAGCAAGAUACAUUUGGACGAUGCUACUAAAUCAUCCUCCAAUAUCCGGGUUGGACGUCGUCCAGGGCAGCAAGACCUAGGCGUCAUUGUGUUUGGCGAUGUCAACGAGAACAGACAAGCAGAUUCUGUAUAUUAUGGGGAGACAGAGCGCGGUUGAGCACGCCUUUCAAGCAUAUCACCGACAGCUUGCCGUCGAAUCCGAAUGUUCUCUCGACUCAACGGCAGUUCGUUCCUUUGGAAACUAUGUUUGCUAUCUCUUUGCUAUCUCCCGAUAGCGUUCAGUCAUAUUAUUAGCUCCACGUUUGACUUUAUCGUUGUCGGUGGAGGAACAUCUGGCCUCCUCAUCGCCGAGAAACUCAGUGAUGACCCUUCUGUUUCCGUGGCUGUCCUUGAGGCGGGUGAAGCGGUUGUGGAUGAUACCACCCUAGUUCCUGUUCUGUUCACGCGAUUCAUUGGGACAGAUGUUGACUGGGAAUUUGUCUCCGUGCCACAGAAACAUGUCUCAGGUAUCCAGAUUUCCUUACCCAGGGGUAAGCUGUUGGGCGGUACUGCUUCGGUAAAUGGAAUGUACUUCGUCAGGGCACACCGAAAGGAAUAUGAUAUCUGGGAACAACUCGGAAACUCGGGAUGGAAUUGGAAGACGGUGGAUGCUCAUAUCAAGGCUGUAGAGACAUUCUACCCAGCUUCCGAACAUGACCAAGAAGAGUUUGCUGCAGCAGACUUACCUUCGGACCAUGGCAACAAAGGACAAUUCCAAGUUUCGUAUUCGAAUUUCUGGCAACCUGAGCCUUUGCUCGUCAACUACAUUGCGGCAUUGAACACUUUGGGCAUCAACAGAACCCACAGGGCGUCGGGUGGUUCCACUGCUGGCGUCUGGCAAUCUCCUACGGCCAUUAAGCCCGACAAUCGUUCACGUUCGUCCGUUGGCACGGAUUUCGUGCUCGCGGGCAACAAGAAGCCAAACCUUCAGAUCUUCACUGGCGCCAUUGCGACCAAGAUUGACUUGAACGGCGGUAUUAGUACAGGUCCUAGCGUUCCUACAAAUGUUCGUGCUACGGGGGUAGAAUAUGUCUCAGGCGGCACGAACCAUACCAUCAACCUGACUUCUCGUGGGAACGUGAUCGUCACUGCCGGUACAUACCAAACGCCUAAGCUAUUGGAACUUUCAGGCAUUGGAUCCCCUGCCGUUCUCAAUGCGCACGGCAUCAAUGCUGUAGUCAACCUUACUGGGGUUGGCGAGAACCUACAGGAUCACGCCGGUGUUCUGACCACAUUCGAGAUCAAAUCCGGUCUUGGUCAAUCCAUCGAAGACCUCAUCCGUAAUGCGACCUUCUUCGCAGAGCAGGAAGCUCUCUACGUUAAGAACCGAACUGGCGCUCUCGCUUCCGUCCCAGGUUCCACUAUCGUGAUGCUUCCCAUCCAAUCCAUCGUCUCAAAUCAAAGGUUAAAGACGUUAACGGCAUUAUUGGAUAAAGCUCUGUUAAGUUUCAAGGGAACGCCGUUGGAGAAACAGUUGAACGCUCAGAGGGAUUUGUUCUUGGAUCCUGACGUUCCAGAUAUCGAGUUGACAUUAACACCUGGUGCUCAAGACCCUCGUGCUUCCCCCGAUCCAACCAAAUCUCAUGUCACGAUUUCCGUUAUAACCGUUCGUCCUUUCGACAGAGGGAACGUUCACUUGAACACUACGAAUCCUCUGGACUUACCUCUCAUCGAUCCGAAUUUCCUUGCUAUAACAGAUUUCGAAACUGAGGUCUUCGUGGACGGGAUCAAGUUCGUCGAGAAGUUGACUCAAACGGCGCCUCUCUCGGAUAUCGUCACUGCUCAACUCUUCCCUCCAUCAAACGCAACAGACUCCGAAUUGAGUUCGUUCGUCCAGCAGAGUAUCUUUAGCGUCUGGCAUCCUUGUGGUUCAUCGUCGAUGUUGCCAAAAGACCAGAACGGCGUCGUCGACGCGAACUUGAAAGUCUACGGAACUCAGAACAUUCGGAUCGCCGACGCCGGUAUCAUCCCAGUUAGUCUUGGAACACAUACCUUGGCUACGGUAUACGGGAACGCCCUGAUAGCCGCGGAGAUUUUCAAACAUCUUGUAUAGCGUCUAGGGUCUAUCAAUCUGUAGGGGCCUCGGACGUCAUGGGAUGAAAUUACUAGCAUUGGUUUGGGUGAAUCGUGCUCUACGUUCAUUCUUUCAGUUUGUUAGUUUGUAAUUGACCACGCUCAUUAUCCUCGGACUUCAAUCGAUUCAUUAAAUGUGCUGGCCAAUUUGUGCCUUACAAGUGCAUCUGGCCUCGUAAAUAUACUGUUUGUUCCCGCUACUACAGUAAGGAGUACGGUCUCUUGAGUCUAAAAGAUGACACACCACGUCGGAUAGCC